CUUUCGAGAAGUCAGGAACGCGAGCCGGAAACCGCAGGCCGCGAAAUGGAGUUCUCCGCGCUCCGCCCGCGGUUCGCUAGCUUGGGUCGUAUUUUUCUCCCUCUUUUCUCUCCAACUCGUCCAAUAAAUCGCAAGAAAACAUCUCCCUUUUGCACCAGAACUUCUGUAGAGCCCCCCACCCCUCCGGAAAGAUCCACAGAGAGAGAGACAGCAAGAGCGAUGGAGAUAGCGGGAGAGAAGCGGGUGCAGAACGUUGUGGUGAUGAGGCACGGGGACCGGAUCGACCACUUCGAGCCGAUGUGGGCGACGCACGCGGCGCGGCCCUGGGACCCGCCGCUGACGGACGGUGGCAAGAUCCGUGCUUGGACCACCGGGAAGAGACUGAGGGCCCUUGGCGUCCCCAUCCACCGCGUCAUCGUCUCCCCCUUCCUCCGCUGCCUGCAGACCGCGACCGAGGCCGUCUCCGCUCUCUGCGCCGUCGUCGACGAUGAAGCCCGCCUCCUCGCCAUGGAGACCCGCCAAGACGUCAUCAUCGAUCCCUCCCGCGUCAAGGUCUCAAUAGAAUAUGGAUUAUGCGAAAUGUUAAAUACACGAGCCAUAGGUGAAGAAUUUACUCCUAAAGAUGGCAUCUGGUUUCCUGAAGUUUCAAAACUCGAAGCUUUGCUGCCAGCCAGAACUAUAGAUCAUUCUGUGGAGCGUAUUUACCAAGAGAUGCCGCAUUGGGACGAGUCUGUUCUUGAUGCAAGAAGUAGAUAUGCGAAUAUCAUUCGGGCUCUUGCUGACAAGUAUCCCCAUGAAAACUUGCUGCUGGUCACACAUGGAGAGGGAGUUGGUGUUUCGGUCGCUUCAUUCCAAAAGGAUGCGGAAGUUUUUGAAGUGGAAUAUUGUGCAUUUUCGCAUCUGCAAAGGCACAUAUCAUUUGAGCCUUCACAGGCCCCUGUUGCUGAAAACUUAAAGUUGCUAACUACGAGUGGCCAGACGGGCAUCUCUUUUCUCUUACAGCUCAAAAUGCCAGAUGGUUUCUAACAACGUGAGCCUGACUCGUUCAUUGCCCCUUCAGUGGGAGAGCUCAUGCUGUGUCAACAUAGCCCUUUUUUGUUUUCCAUUUUCUUUUAAAUCGACAUAGCAGUGCCUCCCCAAGUUACCUUUAGUUUUGUUGUGAUCGUACAUUAGAAAUUCUUCAUACAAAAUUGCAAGACAAUCACUCUUUUGGUGAUUUUAUCGAAGAGUCAACCAGUUCUACGAGGACCUAAAAAUUCUGCUGUUUUCCUUUGCUGGAUGUGAUUUGAA